ACUACUAUGACAGCUACUACGCGUCAGCGUCCUUUCCACCAGGUCCACCGCGACUUGUUCCGCCUCUGAAACGACCUCGGCUCAUGGUACCCCCGGCCAGACCUGUCAUCAAGGCUACCAUCCCUCAAAAGCCGCAGACAACUCCGAUGAACCAACUGAAGACAUACAGCAACCCUGAUAUUCUGAUCUGCGGAAACUGCAGAGAGAUGUUCACUGAACUGCAGGAGCUUCUGGACCACAAGAAAACUUACUGCAAACUUCGCUUCACGUGCAAAUGCCACACGCUUAAUGGCGUGAAAACCAAGUCCCCAGGAGAGGACUUCUCGUCGUCGGCAAUGCUGCUCUGUGUCCUGUGCAAGGACUCGUUCCAGAGCGCAUGGGAUCUGAUGGUUCACGUGCAAGCGGCCCACAUGAUGAACAUCUACGAGCUCGGUGUCCCCAAGUCAGACUCUACAGUAAAGGGGGAACAGACCUCACAACAAACCUCGCCAGCAACAUCGCCUUGCCCCUGCCCCAUACACGAUAAAGAAGUGGAGGCGAAGAAGAUGAGAGUCAGUGAGCAUGCGCCAACUCCCGAAGAUGACGAAGUGGUGGAAUUAUCAUGUGACGACAUCCUGGCCUCUCCAGAGAUGGAUAAGACAAAGGACCAACCAGAUGAACUUCACGCGACACAUCAUGACAAGGAACUGGAGGAUCUGAUGGCUGUGGAGUCGACUGCGCAGGCGUGCAUCAUGCACGCGCUCCGUAUUGAACAAACAACAGACACCAACCAGAAUUCUGGAUCCGUGACGUCAGACCAACCUUCCGUCAUGGUGUCAAUCACUAAUGGCGAAUUAAGUGCCCAGGAAUGACUUACGAGUGAUUUUAACUCACAAAUUGUACAUAGCCACAAGAAGAAGACAAAUCUGAGUGCCAUACAAUCGUGUGACAGUUGAGUGCUGGUCAGAACCGUACUCCUUCCUAAUCCUUUCCCCGCGUCUUACACCAAACAUAAAUACAUAUCACCUUCCCGUGUGGUGGCAACAAGAAUGCAAUUUUUUUUUAAAUAUUGGCGUUUUAAAAGAGAUGAAAGUAAUCAGAGACUGUGAAGGGCGUGUUUAUAAAUAAUAAUUUAUCUAGAAUUUGCGAAGUGACAUUGAUUCCUUGAAGAACAUUUGACAAAGACUUGUACUGCACAAUUUUUUUCAAAUGUCCGACAAUUUAUAUGCAUGUGAAUAUAUCCAUAAAGAAACCGUUGUAUGGGUUGAAAAGAAACAUGAAAAGUUCAAAAACAUUGUUAACAUCAGGUAUCUAACUGUCAUGACCCAAGUUACGAGUAUUAAGUACAUUAAUUUCAGAAUAUAAACUUGUGUAAAAUAUAUCAAAUUAAUAUUGGACA